AUGAAGUUCAAUGCCAUUGCCAUUCUCACUGUAUUUCAAGUGUUGGUUAAAGCUGACGAAGCUGCCACCGCUGCAGCCGCUGCUCAGUGCGGUGAUCUGGGUGUUCUGUCUUUCAAUGCCAAAGAUCUUCCAGACGGCGUAAACGCCAGCGAUGUCAGAAACUGCGCAGAGCACCCAUUGGGUAAUGGCAACAUGCUUAAGAGGGAUAACGACAACGAAACCACCACUGAGUCCCGUGGUCUGGAUCUACUGAGCCCAAGAGACUGCUAUGACAAAGCGCCAUAUGGUUGCACUGAUGGGUACUGCUGGAAAGCAUGUGGCUCGGCAGGGGAUGGCAAAUGGUGCUGGACAGCAAACAAUGGCGGUCUUGGAUCGUGGAUCACCUGUAAAACAUACAAUGACUGUGGUGGAUCUGCACUUUAUGCGUGUGGCAAGGGAUUGAACUGCAAGACUUGCGGAUGCAGCUGUUAG